AUGGUCACACGCAAAUUCAUCGGGCGACGGCCCACUGCAGCCACUGCUGACCGCUUGCCGCCAGGGCAGUUCAAGACAGAUGGUUUUCCUGUGCUCUCGAAAGGAACUACGCCUCGCAUCGACAUGGCCGCUUGGCAGUUCACUCUGAGCAACGGUCCUCGGCCCGUGAAAAGCUGGAGCUGGGACGAGUUCAUGACGCUGCCGCGAACCGUGUGGGAGGGCGACAUCCACUGCGUCACGACGUGGUCCAAGUUCGACACACGCUGGGAAGGUGUGACCAUCGACGACCUGCUCGCUGAUGCCGGCCUAGCGGCUCCCACACCCUGGCUGCUGGCGCUAUCGCUAGACGACUACGACACCAACGUGCCUGUUGCCGAUUUGCUCGGUGGCCGAGCCAUGGUCGCGACGCAUUUUGACGGCGAGCCUUUGGCGCCUGAACACGGCGGUCCGGCGCGCUUGCUGGUACCGCACCUGUACUUUUGGAAGAGCGCAAAGUGGAUCAAAGGGCUCAAAUUCACCGCGCGAGACGAAGCCGGUUUCUGGGAGCUACGUGGAUAUCACAUGUACGGCGAUCCCUGGCGAGAGCAACGUUAUUCGAGCGAUCGCUGA